UACUCCAUUUCAAUUCUUGUCAUGAUCACUCAGACAAUAUUAAAGAUAUCAAGGUUAUAUUUCACACAUUAUGUAGGAUGAUUAAAUGACUUUAGCUGGGUUUUCACAGGCAGGCCAUUCUUUAAUGUGCUUUCUAAACCUUUCAAAAAUACUGUAUCUCCAAAAAUCAGUACUUAAUUCUUCUCCCUUUCCCAACCCACCCAAACUGUCAGUAAAGAAUUGUUCUCCUCUGAGGCAAUCCAUGCCUUUGAAAAGAUUAUAGUGAGCAGCCUAUCCCAGCAAAGUUUGUGGGAGGAGCCACGACUUGUGCUUUCAGCAUCAGCCAAUGCCGUAUCACAAUGGGAGUGGUUUGUAGUGAGUUAGCCGCCCCGUUGUGACAUCACAGCUGCUGCUCAGGCAGGGAGCUUGAACUAGGCUUUGGAGCCGAGUGAGCGAGGGAAAAGAAGAGACAGGAGGAGGGGGACAGCAGCAGUGUAUUCAUUUGGAAAGGGGGCAAGAGAAAUAAAAAAGGGAUUUGGGAUUCAGCCACACUAGGCCAUGGUGAAAUCUCAGCAAAGAGAGCAAUAAUGGAACCUGCAGGAAUGAGAUGAGAACCCUUUACUACUCUGCCUUUGUACUCGUGUUAAGGUGUGUCCUGGCACCCGUCCCUCUCUGUGAAUGUCUGUCACCAUGGCAAAGUUCGAGACUGGCCGCACAAGCCCAGUUGUCCGGCAGAUAGACAAGCAGUUCCUGGUUUGCAGUAUUUGUCUUGAUCACUACCACAACCCCAAAGUCCUGCCCUGCCUACACACCUUCUGUGAAAGGUGUUUGCAGAACUACAUUCCUCCUCAAUCCCUCACGCUCUCCUGCCCCGUGUGUCGACAGACCUCCAUCUUACCGGAGAAAGGUGUAGCAGCGCUGCAGAAUAACUUCUUUAUCACAAACCUAAUGGAGGUCCUGCAGAGAGACCCCGAAUGUUCCCGACCCGAGGCCUGCAGUGUACUGGAGUCGGUCAGCGCAGCGGCUGCAGGGAAACCGCUCUCCUGUCCCAAUCACGAGGGCAAGGUUAGCCUCUCUUCACCUGAAAUAACAAAUGGAAAGGUGAUGGAGUUUUAUUGCGAGUCGUGCGAGACGGCCAUGUGCCUGGAGUGCACGGAGGGGGAACACCGGGAACAUGUGACGGUUCCUCUGCGGGAUGUGUUAGAACAGCACAAAGCAGCACUUAAAAACCAACUGGAUGCUAUUCGCAACAGACUGCCCCAGCUAACAGCGGCCAUCGAACUCAUGACUGAAAUCUCGAAACAGCUUACAGAGAGGAAAAAUGAAGGCGUCAAUGACAUCAAUGUGACAUUUGAGGAGCUAGAAAAGGCAUUGCAUCAACGCAAGGCAGCGCUCAUCACCGACCUGGAGAACAUCUGUAGCACCAAACAGAAGGUACUCCAGGCGCAGUUAUCUUCCCUUCUGCAGGGUAAAGAGCACAUCCAGAGCAGCUGCAGUUUCACAGAGCAGGCCUUGAAUCACGGCAGCGCAACUGAAGUCCUGCUGGUCCAGAAGCAGAUGAGCGAGCGGGUGAGCGCCCUCGCCUGCCAUGACUUCCCAGAAAGACCGCACGAGAACGCCCACCUGGACUGCCAGAUAGAAACCGAAGGCCUGCGCCGUUCCAUCCAGAACCUGGGCGUGCUGCUGACCACGAGCGCAGUGGGACACACAAGUGUGGCAACUGGAGAGGGCCUCAGACACGCCCUUGUGGGUCAACACGUGACAGUGACAGUUACAACAAAGGAUAAAGACGGCGAACUUGUGCGAACUGGAAACGCCGUGCUACGGGCGGAGAUUACGGGACAGGACGGAGCUCAGGUGACGGAGGCGGAGAUUGUGGACAAUAAAAACGGAACGUACGAAGUAGGGUACGUGCUUAAGAGCGAAGGAGAGUACUCGUUUUCUCUGAUGCUGUACGGACAACCUGUGAGGGGCAGCCCGUUCAGGCUACGGGCGAUAAAGCUGUCCGACAUGCCCCAGUCUCCGGAUGACGUGAAGAGGAGAGUCAAAUCACCUAGCGGCACAGGAGGACACAUCAGACAGAAGGCGGUACGGAGACCCUCAAGCAUGUACAGCACCACCAAAAAAAAGGAAAACCCCAUCGAGGAUGAGUUGAUUCACAGAGUGGGCUCUCGUGGGAGAGAAAAGGGAGAGUUCACUAAUUUACAAGGUAUCUCUGCCUCCAGCAGUGGGAGGGUCAUUGUAGCAGACAGCAACAACCAAUGUAUACAGGUGUUUACAAAUGAUGGCCUAUUUAAAGCACGCUUUGGGGUCAGAGGUCGCUCCCCAGGUCAACUGCAAAGGCCGACAGGGGUGGCUGUUGACACAAAUGGAGACAUUAUAGUAGCCGACUACGAUAACAGAUGGAUCAGCAUCUUCUCUCCUGAUGGGAAAUUCAAGAAUAAGAUCGGUGCUGGACGUCUGAUGGGACCCAAAGGUGUAGCCGUGGACAGGAACGGUCAUAUCAUCGCAGUGGAUAACAAAGCCUGCUGCGUUUUUAUCUUUCAGUCUAAUGGAAAACUAGUUACCAAGUUUGGAGCCAGAGGGACUUCAGAUAGGCAGCUCGCAGACAGAUUUAGGGCAAAGUAUGCACUGGGGCAAAGGUUUAGUAAAUCUGGCCCUGCUUUCAGCCCACACUUUGUUGCUGUCAACAACAAAAAUGAAAUUGUGGUGACAGAUUUCCAUAACCACUCUGUCAAGGUCUACAGCGCAGACGGGGAGUUCAUGUUUAAAUUUGGCUCCCACGGAGAGGGAAAUGGCCAGUUUAAUGCCCCUACAGGGGUCGCUGUGGAUGUUAACGGAAACAUCAUCGUGGCAGACUGGGGCAACAGCCGAAUACAGGUGUUUGACAGCUCAGGAUCAUUUCUCUCCUACAUCAACACAAGUGCAGAUCCUCUAUAUGGGCCACAGGGCCUGGCUUUGACUUCUGAGGGUCAUGUUGUUGUGGCUGACUCUGGUAACCAUUGCUUCAAGGUCUACAGGUACCUGCAGUAAUGCAUAGUGCACCUCUGCCAACUUCUUCAGAACUUCUUCAUUUCAGUGAAAUCCUCAAUCAAACCAUAGAGGAUAAACCGAAUGAAUUAAAGCACUUUUCUUCAAUCUACUGAUUUUCACUUUCCAAAUAAAGACUUCUAUACAAAACAGAGAAUGUUGAUUGUACAAAACAGAAACCAUAAUGAGCACAGAUCCUUGAUGGAAACCAUCAUGUAAGUACAAGUAUACUGUAUAUCAAAACAUUUGUCUUAAACCUGUCCGUAAAGUCAUUUCCCUUCUCAUAACGAUACUGACUACAUCCCGUGACUGCAACACAAAAAUUGUGAAUUUAGUUAUUUGUUAUAUAUGUUCUACAUUUGUAAAUAUACAAAUUUUGUAGAUAUAAACAUAUUUGGUGUAUGUAACUUGUAAAUGACACUGGGUUCUUGACUAUGACAGCAUUUACCACUGAGAUUUUAUUAUGCCCAAUCUGUCUAAACCUAUGGAUUGAUCAUAAAAGAUAUCAACAGCACAGCACAUACAGUACAUAUCACUGUUGUGUGCUCUUAUUUUUAAAGAUCAAACCAAUAAACUAUAAAGGAGCCAAAAAGGACAUUUUUAUUUUCCAUUCCAAAUUAUUUAUUUUUCUAAAGCACAAGUCUACGUUACGUAGUGAGGUGAAAUUAAACCUAAAAAGAGAAUUUUUGUCCAAUCCAAUAAUUUCAUGUAUAUUGCCUCUCUGGUUUUUAAUGUUUAAAAGAUGAUUAAAUAUAUAUUCUUCUUUGUAAAUAUCAUUCAGAUGCGUCUAUCAUUGUGUUCACAGUGUGACAACAAAUGUUGUGCGUCAGUAUUAUAGUUUUUGCGUCAUUUAUUUAUUUUUUAUGGUUUUGUACACAAAUGUAUUUGUUUUAAGUCAUUUGUUUUAAUGUACUAUGCCAUCACCACCUAAUGAUUUCAAAAUUUCCCCUUUAAUUUGGUGAAUUUGUGUCUCUUGAAUAUGAUGUGACAUCAUGUAAUCUUAUUUCUAUGUUAUACUGUACAAGGUUUCUGAAAGGUAAAUUACAUUUGAAACUGUAAACGUAUGUAUUCAUAUCGGUGCAGAAAACAUUUUUGCAUGUUACCAAUGAUUUUACCAGCAGUCUAAAUACUUUUUUUUGGGUUUAGAUGAGAGAUUUAUUGAUUGCCAGGUUGUAAAUUAAGAGAUGUAUUAACCAAAAAACAUAUAUUCUAUAUAUUGCUUCUGUAACUCAAUCCAAUGCAUGACUUAGUGCUUGGACAGAUGAUUUAGUAGUAAUGUGCUUCAUGGAUAAAUCGCGUACCUAUAUAACACAUGAAGGAUCAACCGUGUGUUCAUUUUACUGGUCAGUUAUUGCAGUUUGAAAUAAAACUGUAAAUAGAAAUUACUUGAAA